UGGGGCGGCGGGUCCAUGCUGCGGCUCGGUUGUGUAAGCAGCGCCGCGGCCGCUCCUGCUGGGCUCCAGUUGCUCGUGUUCCUCGGCAGCGCCGGCGCUCAGCCCCAGCUGACCUCCGAACAGAAUGCCAUCAGCCUCUCUGCCGGCAAGUACCGCCACCUCGACCGUGCCACCAACCAGGAGCUGAUCUGUGACAAGUGUCCCGCGGGAACCUACGUGUCCAAGCACUGCACAAAGAGCACCUUAAGGGAGUGCAGCCCAUGUCCGGACGGGACUUUUACGAAGCACGAGAACGGCAUAGAGCGAUGCCACCCUUGCAGAAAACCCUGCGAACUGCCAAUGAUUGAGAAAACCCAUUGUACUGCCUUGACCGACCGCGAGUGCACUUGCCUGUCGGGUACGUUUCAGACGAACGAUACCUGCGUCCCUUACACGGUGUGCCCGGUCGGCUGGGGCGUCCGCAAGAAAGGAACCGAGACGGAAGACGUGAGGUGCAAGCCAUGCCCUCGUGGUACUUUUUCUGAUGUGCCUUCUAGCGUGAUGAAGUGCAAAACCUACACGGACUGCUUCGGGAAGAACAUGGUGGUGGUCAAGCCAGGGACAAAGGAAAGCGACAACGUCUGUGGUUCUCCAGCGUCUCUGCCGAGCACGUCUUUGGCUUCGUCGGACGCAGAAGCGGGUGGAGAGACCUACAAGGCUCCACCGACUGCUCAUCUUCCCAAAGGUCUGAACUCUUCAGUUCCCGACCUGGCUCCCUCUCCUCCACCCGCGGCCUAUGGUGCAACGGGGCCGAUGAGUGACUACAACCAGACCUUGGCCAACGAGACCGGGGGUGCCCGAGGGAGCCUGGUGGGCACCGGCACUGCCGGCCAGGCACAGAGCUACCGGCACAAGCACGCCAGCCAAGCUCUGGAGAAGCAGCCGGCCUUGGAGAUGGCGGGGGGCGAGAAGUCCAGCAUGCCCUACAGGCCGCCCCGGAGAGGGCCACAGAACGUCCACCAGCACUUCGAUAUCAAUGAACACUUGCCCUGGAUGAUUGUCCUCUUCCUGCUGCUGGUCCUGGUAGUUAUCGUGGUUUGCAGUGUCAGGAAGAGCUCACGGACUCUGAAGAAAGGGCCGAGGCAAGAUCCCAGUGCCAUUGUGGAGAAAGCUAUUAUGAAAAAGUCCACCACCCCCACGCAGAACAGAGAGAAGUGGAUCUAUUACUGCAACGGGCACGGCAUUGACAUCCUGAAGCUGGUGGCAGCCCAGGUGGGGAGCCAGUGGAAGGACAUCUACCAGUUCCUUUGCAACGCCAGCGAGCGCGAGGUGGCCGCCUUCUCCAACGGCUACGCGGCCGACCACGAGCGCGCCUACGCCGCCUUGCAGCACUGGACCAUCCGCGGGCCCGAGGCCAGCCUGGCCCAGCUCAUCAGCGCCCUCCGCCAGCACCGCCGCAACGACGUGGUGGAGAAGAUCAGAGGCUUGAUGGAGGACACCACGUCGGUGCAAAUGCAGCCUCAGUGGCAAAUGCAGGACUGCUCUAACGAUGAUGGAAAGCUGGAAGGUGACAAGCUGGCGCUGCCGGUGAACCCCAGCCCUCUCAGCCCUGCGCCCAGCCCCAGCCCGAAACCCCCCGAGGCUGCUGUCCUCACCGUGGAGCCCUCUCCUUCGGAGAAGAAAUGCUUCUUCGUCGACGAGUCGGAGCCCCUCCUGCGGUGCGACUCCACCUCCAGCGGCUCCUCUGCGCUCAGCCGGACGGGCUCCUUUAUUACCAAAGAAAAGAAGGACACAGUCUUGCGCCAGGUGCGCUUGGACCCUUGCGACCUGCAGCCCAUCUUCGACGACAUGCUGCACAUCCUCAACCCCGAGGAGCUCCACGUGAUAGAGGAGAUCCCGCAGGCAGAGGACAAGCUGGACAGGCUAUUUGAGAUCGCCGGCGUCAAGAGCCAAGAAGCCAGCCAAACCCUCCUGGACUCCGUCUAUAGCCACCUUCCCGAUUUACUGUAGGCACUGGUCACCAUGCACUCUCUGAAUAUCUGCUAGAACUAGCUUGGCACUUGUUAAGACGACAGACAACGCGCAGGCGGGUUUUGCUGUAGAAUACAUGGCCAGUAUUUCCUUGAGGUGUCCUUGGUUUCUGGAGGGGGGCAACUUGCCAGCAUCGUGCCUCUCCACCUUAACUCUGUCGCUCAGUUAAAGUCUUUGCACCCUCUGCCCCCUUCGGAGUCUGUCUCUGUAUUUUUUUUCUUGUUCUCAUUCCAAUCAAAUCAGUCGAUGCACUUUAAAACACAGUUAAUGAACUAAAAGACCACGAAGCCGGUGUCACUUAGGCGUUGAGCCUUGGGGUUGCUCUGUAGCCUGGUUCAAUUCUCUCAAAGCUGUUCCUCUGAACGACGUCUCCUGCUACCUCCCUUCUGCCUCAGAGUGGUGAACGGUGAAACACACAAAGCUGGUUGUUGCUGGUUACCUUCUCUUAAUGCAUCUUAAGCUUCCCCCCCCCCCAAGGCUGACUGUUUUCAUGUACUAUCGUAUAGCUCACGCCCAUCGCUGCGGUUUUACUAGCACGGUUAUUUAUUGUAUGGUUUUCACCUGGACAAUAAUGCAUUGUGCUCCUAUAAGCUAAAGCAGAAGCGGUUGAAUGGAAAGGUUCGGUUCCACUGACCUUACUGAUUUAAGAAAAAAAACAGUCCUAAACCAGUCCUUUGCCUGUGGUGGAAGGGAACCCAAGCGAGGAGCAUCCUGCCUGGCCGCUGAAGAGGACAGCAGGUCACGGCGGUGCCGGUGCUGGAGCCGGGGAGGCGAAGGCUGCUGGUUCUGCUCUCCUUGUGGUGUAAGACUUACCGAGCUACGCUUUUACACUCGUGUCUCUUGUUUUUUAUACAGACGUGGCCGAUAAGGGGAGGUUCUCCCGAGAUCCUACCCGGCCUUAAAAUAGUCUCUUCAAAUCACACUUCACUUUUUAUCAAUAAGAAAAAGGGGGGAGGGGAUGGGGGGGAGGAAAA